GCGUCCGGGGCGGGUCUAAGAAGUUUUCAGUGGCUGAGCGGGAGCUUCAGUCAGAGGAGUCGCAUCCGAGGCAGCCGGUCCGGUGCUGAGUCUGCGCAGUGGGUGUCCGCGAUGAGCUCUCAGUGCCCGAGGUGCCGGGCGCCGGUUUACUUUGCCGAGAAGGUCAGCUCCUUGGGGAAGAACUGGCAUCGCUUCUGCCUGAAAUGCGAGCUCUGCAACAAGAUCCUGUCGGCGGGCGGCCAUGCGGAGCACGACGGGCGGCCCUACUGCCACAAACCCUGCUACGCGGCCCUCUUCGGCCCAAAAGGUGUGAACAUCGGGGGUGUUGGUUCCUACAUCUACGAUACCACUCCGAGGGUCCAACACAGCGAGGUCCCUGAGUCCCCCACCAGCUCUGCUCCCGUCCGUUCCGGUACCACGAAACCCGCCGUGAAAUCUGCGGCCGGCGUGAAGACGUUUGCCGGGGAGACGGCUCUUUGCCCCGGCUGCGGGAAGGUCGUCUACUUUGCCGAGAAGGUGACGUCGCUGGGGAGGAACUGGCACCGGCCGUGUCUGCGAUGCCAGCGCUGCAAUAAAACUCUGACCGCGGGGGGACACGCAGAGCACGAUGGGUUACCCUACUGCCACGUUCCCUGCUACGGACACCUCUUUGGCCCCAAAGGGGUGAAUAUCGGUGACGUGGGCUGUUAUUUGUACGAACCGUCUGACAAGCCGGAGACCCCCAGCCAGAUCUGACUCCGUUCCGCUGACAUGGCUGCCUCCGG